GGCGUUGCCAACGACGCCCUGCCGAGGUGGAGGCCUCGCCCAAGCCAGCCUCCCGCAGUCGCCAUCAUUGAAAAAAAAAAAAAGUCAGUUUCUUGGCCAGGAAAAGGUGUUUCGUGCUUCGGUUGCUCCGAGAAGAAUUAGACAUGGGAGAGGGCAGUCACGGCGCAGAGGUUAAAGUAUAAUCUCUGGUCCGGAGACUGGGGAGGCUUCGAAGUCCUCUCUGUACGUUGAAAGGUCUUAUCCUGAAGAUGAAGGGGAGCUCCCUAGUGAAACCUUGACUGUUUAGGGAAGAAGACUAAACACAUGGUAUUUAUUGCUUUCUAAUAAUUGAAUCAAAGAUGAACCCAGUGAACCCUUUCAUUGGGCAGCAGCCAAGUGCUUUUGCAGCAUCUUCUAGUGGUACAGCAGGGACAUUUCAGUCCAAGCCACCCUUUCGAUUUGGUCAGCCUUCACUUUUUGGACAGAAUAAUACAUUGUCUGGAAAGAGUCCAGGAUUUUCCCACAUGCCCAGCUUUGGAACACCUUCUGGAAUAACUCAUUCUUCAGGGCAAACAUUUGGACUCACCCAGACCUCAAGUUCUGGACUCUUUUCUGGACUUGAACGAGCUCCUCCCUUUGUAGCUACUUCUGGGCCUUCAAGUUCAUCGGUGCCUGGAAACCCAGGAUUUAGUUUUAAAUCACCUACCAGCCUUGGGGUUUUCUCAAGUACUACUGCUUUUGGAUCAGAAGCUGGAGAAGUAGUGAGCUCUGGUUUUGGGAAAACAGAAUUCAGCUUUAAACCUCUGGAAAAUGCAGUCUUCAGACCAAUACUGGGGACUGAGUCUGAGCCAGAGAAAACCCAGAGCCAAAUUACUUCUGGGUUUUUCACAUUUUCCCACCCAGUUAAUAGUGGACCUGGCGGCCCGACUCCUUUUUCUUUUUCCCAGGUGACAAGUAGUUCAGCUCCCAAUUCAAGUUUUAUCUUUUCAAAACCAGUUAAUAGUAAUAAUUCAUCUUCUCCCUUUAACCCUGCUUUGUCAAACCAAAAUGUAGAGGAAGAGAAGAGAGGACCUAAGUCAGUAUUUGGAAGUUGUAAUAGUAACUUCAGUAGUUUUCCUGUAUCUUCUGGGUCUUUGGGGGAGCCCUUCUCAGUUAACAAAUCAGGUGUUCGACAAGGGUGUGAAGAGGCUGUUUCCCAGGUGGAGCCACUUCCCGGCCUCAUGAAAGGACUGAAAAGGAAAGAGGACCAGGAUUGCUCCCCGAGGAGACAUGGCUAUGAGGCAGCAGAGGACUCAGACCCCAUGUCCAGAGGUGACCAUCCUCCAGAUAAACGGCCUGUCCGCCUGAAUCGACCCCGGGGAGGUACUUUGUUUGGUCGGACAAUACAAGAUGUCUUCAAAAGCAAUAAAGAAGUAGCUCGCCUGGGCAAUAAGGAAUAUAAAAAGGAAAGUGGCUUUGUUGAGUCUGGGGAAAGUGACCACAUAGCUAUCUCAGGAGGUGGUCAAUCUAUCCUUGCACCUUCCCGGCUUCCUGGUAUAAAUAAAGAGGAAGAAACUGAAAGCAGAAACAAAAAAGAAGAGUCUGUAAGGGGAACACCUGUGCACCAGAGUAAAAGAAGUGAGAGCACGGACAGUCUUGGGCGUUUGUCUCCCACAGAAGUCACGGCGAUCCAGUGCAAGAACAUCCCAGACUGCCUGAAUGACAGGACUACCUUAGAGAACUACUUCAGCAAAAUUGCUCAAGUGCAGCGCAUCUUCAUUAGACGCAGCAAAAAGCUUGCAGUGGUGCAUUUUUUUGAUCAUGCAUCUGCAGCCCUGGCUAGGAAGAAGGGGAAAAGUUUGCAUAAGGACGUGGCUAUCUUUUGGCACAAGAAGAAAAUAAGUCCCAAUAAGAAACCCUUUUCCCCAAAGGAGAAGAAACCUGGGGACGGUGAAGCCAGCCAGGGCCCGGAGGAUCUGCCCUUUCAGCACUCUCAUCUUGGCAAGGCCGCAGUGAGGGCUGCAGCUGGUGGCCUCCUGAGUAAAAGCUCUCCAGUGAAAAAACCAAGUCUUCUGAAGGCUCAUCAGUUUGAAGUAGAUGUUUUUGACUCCGGGUCUGAGUGCUCUGAGGGCCUUGGGACCUGCGUGUCAUCGCUCAGUGCCCUAAUAGGCACCGUGGCUGAGACGUCUGAGGAGAAGUAUCGCCUGCUUGACCAAAGAGACCGAAUCAUGCGGCAAGCUCGGGUGAAGAGGACCGACCUGGACAAAGCGAGGACUUUUGUUGGCAUAUGCCCUGACAUGUGUCCCGAGAAGGAGCGGUACAUGCGGGAGACCCGGAGCCAGCUGAGUGUGUUUGAAGUGGUCCCGGGGACUGACCAGGUAGACCACGCAGCCGCUGUGAAGGAAUAUAGCCGGUCCUCAGCGGACCAGGAGGAACCCCUACCUCAUGAGCUGCGGCCCUCGGCAGUGCUCAGCAGGACCAUGGACUACCUGGUCACCCAGAUCAUGGACCAGAAGGAGGGCAGCCUGCGGGACUGGUACGACUUCGUGUGGAACCGCACUCGGGGCAUACGGAAGGACAUCACACAGCAGCACCUCUGCGACCCCUUGACAGUGUCCCUGAUUGAGAAGUGCACCCGAUUUCACAUCCACUGUGCCCACUUCAUGUGUGAGGAGCCCAUGUCCUCCUUCGAUGCCAAGAUCAACAAUGAGAACAUGACCAAGUGCCUGCAGAGUCUGAAGGAGAUGUACCAGGACCUGAGGGGCAGGGGCGUCUUCUGUGCCAGUGAGGCUGAGUUCCAGGGCUACAAUGUUCUGCUCAAUCUCAACAAGGGAGACAUACUGAGAGAGGUGCAGCAAUUCCACCCUGAUGUCAGGAACUCCCCUGAGGUGCACUUCGCUGUCCAGGCCUUUGCUGCGUUGAACAGUAACAAUUUUGUGCGAUUUUUUAAACUGGUCCAGUCAGCUUCUUACCUGAGUGCGUGUCUGUUACACUGCUACUUUAAUCAGAUCCGCAAGGAUGCACUCCGGGCUCUCAGCAUCGCGUACACCGUGAGCACGCAGCGCUCUACUGCCUUUCCCUUGGACGGCGUGGUGCGCAUGCUGCUCUUCAGAGACGGCGAGGAGGCGACUGACUUCCUCAACUGCCAUGGCCUCACUGUUUCUGAGGGCUGUGUCGAGCUGAACCGGUCUGCAUUCCUGGAGCCAGAGGGAUUAUCCAAGGCCAGGAAGUCAGUGUUUAUCACCAGGAAGCUGACCGUGUCCGUUGGGGAAGUUGUGAAUGGAGGGCCACUGCCCCCAGUCCCUCGUCACACUCCCGUGUGCAGCUUCAAUGCCCAGAACAAGUACGUCGGAGAGGGCCUGGCCACAGAGCUGCCUGUCGGGCCUCCAAGGGCCAGCAUUGAUGGAGCGGGUGACAGGAAGGGAGAGGAAUGUGGAGCAGAGCCUGAUGUCCCUCUGCCAGGUCUCCUCCCUCAACCUCUCCUGCUCCCUGUACCCUUGCCUGCGCCUCUGCCUCAUGCUCCACUGCAGAGCCUGUCUGCAGCACCCAGUCUCUUCCAGCCCUCCGUUCAGCCUGAGCUGCUGCCUCCGAAGACUGCACCUGUAUACUCUGACGCGGACUUGGCACAAGUGGUGGAUGAGCUCAUCCAGGAGGCCCUGCAGAGGGACUGCGAGGAGGUGGGCACAGCAGGGGCAGCCUAUGCAGCCGCAGCUCUGGGUGUUUCUAAUGCUGCCAUGGAGGACCUGUUGACAGCUGCAACCACAGGCAUUUUGAGGCAUGUUGCAGCUGAAGAAGUGACUAAGGAAAGGGAACGAAAGGAGGAAGAGAAGCGGCGGGCUGAAGAGGAAAGGCUGAAACAAGAGAGAGAGCUGGUGUUAGCUCAGCUGAGCCAGGGCCUGGCUGAAGAGCUGACAGAGCUAAUGGUGAUGGAGUGCGUGUGGGAGACCUGCUCACAGGAGUUGAAGAGUGCAGUGGAGAUAGACCAAAGGGUCCGUGUGGCCCGCUGCUGUGAGGCUGUCUGUGCCCACCUGGUGGACUUGUUUCUUGCGGAGGAAAUUUUCCAGACUGUGAAGGAGACACUCCAGGAACUUCAGUGCUUCUGCAAGUAUCUACAGCGGUGGAGGGAAGCUGUUGCAGCCCGGAAGAAACUGAGGCGCCAGAUGCGGGCCUUUCCUGCAGCACCCUGCUGUGUAGAUGUGAACGACCGGCUUUGGGCACUGGUGCCCAGUGCAGAGUGCCCCAUUGCUAAAGAGAACCUGGUCAGGAGCCUCUUGGACCUGGGCCAUGCUGGGAAAGUGGGCAUCUCCUGCACCAGGUUGAGGCGGCUGAGAAACAAGACAGCUCACCAGAUGAAGGUUCAGCAUUUCCAUCAGCAGCUGCUGAGUAAUGCUGUAUGGGCGCCUCUGGACCUGCCUUCACUUGUGGCCGAGCACCUCCCUAUGAGGCAGGAGCGUGAGUUUUGGAAGCUGGUGCUGGUGUUGCCUGAUGAAGAGAAGCAGUCCCCAGGGAGUCCUGGCAGAAUUUUAGCGGAUUGGCUAAAGGUCAAGUUCAUGGGAGAUGAUGGCUUGGUUGGUGACACGUGCAGUAAUGCUGGUGAGAUUCAGACACUCACGAUUUUUAAUGCACUCAGCAGCAAAAAGGAUAAGAUUGUUUCUGUCAGUGUGUGUAUAAAGGUGGUCCAUGGCACCCUCGGUGAUGCUGCCCUUGAUGCUGUGGCAACAAAGAAGGACCUCUUGGGAGCCAGUGGGCUCAUGCUGCUGCUUCCGCCCAGAGUGAAGACUGAGGAUGCAGCAGAGGAGGACAUGUAUUGGCUGUCAGCCUUGGUACAGCUCAAGCAGUUCCUGCAGGCCAAGCCCUUCCUCCCAUCACUUCCACUGGUGGUUCUUGUGCCCGGUUCCGGAGAGGACCCCAUCGGGAAGGACGUGGAGGAUGGUUUGAUGCUGCAGGACUUGGUUUCAGCGAAGCUGAUUUCAGACUACAUUGUUACUGAAAUCCCUGAUUCUAUUAAUGAUUUACAAGGCACAAAAAAGGUUUCAUGGGCAGUUCAGUGGCUUGUCUCUCGCUGCCCCCAUGCCCUUGACCUUUGCUGCCAGACCCUCACUCAGUAUGUCGAGGAUGGAGUUGACCGUGAGUUUAGUGGCCGGUUUUUCCAUGACAGAAGAGAGAGGCAUCUGGGUGGCCUGGCCUCUCAGGAGCCCAGCACCAUCGUUGAGCUCUUCAACAGUGUGCUGCAGUUCUUGGCCUCUGUGGUGUCCUCUGAGCAGCUGUGUGAUCUGUCCUGGCCUGUCCCUGAGUUUGCUGAAGCCGGGGGCAGUCAGCUGGUUCCUCACCUGCACUGGAACUCCCCAGAACACCUGGCCUGGCUAAGGCAGGCUGUGCUUGGGUUUCAGCUUCCACAGAUGGACCUUCCACCCCCUGAGGCGCCCUGGCUUCCUGUGUGCUCCAUGGUUGUCCAGUACACCUCCCAGAUCCCCAGCUCACGCCAGGCACAGCCCAUCCUACAGUCCCAAGUGGAGAACCUGCUCCGCACAACGUACCGCAGGUGGAAGAGCAAGAGCUCCUUCCUGGGCCAGGGCGCAGGGCCCUCAGUCACCGACAUUCCAUGGGAUGACAUCAUUGCCUUGUGCAUCAACCACAAGCUGAGGGACUGGACACCCCCCAGGCUCCCUGUCAUAUCAGGUGCACAGAGUGAAGAUGGUCAGAUAUGUGUGUAUUUUUUUAAAAAACACUUGAAGAAAUACGAUGUUCCUUUGUCAUGGGAACGAGCCAGAGUGCAGACACAGAAGGAGCUACAGCUGAAUCCAGGAUGUUUGGGGAUAAAGACUUUUCAUCCUUCUGCAAGCAGUUUUCCCACUCCGUUGCUUCACUUGCAUCACAAAGGGAAGAGAAAUGCAGAGUGCUGCCGACUAGGGCGAAGUCUCAGUGCGGAGGACCUUGUGCGAGGAGCUUCUGCUGAGGAGCUCCUGGCAGAGUGUCUGUCCAGCAGCCUGCUGCAGGAGAAAGAGGACAACAAGAGAUUUGAAGAUCAACUUCAGCAGUGGUUGUCUCAAGACUUGGGAGCACUUACAGAUUCAACUUCCCUUCCCUUCUACCUUCCUCAGACCCUACUUUCUCUUCCUCAGACUAUUGAAUCUGUAGUGAAAACAUCUACAACCAGUAGCCCACAGAAUGCAAGAACAAAGGAACAACUGCAGCUGUCAGAAGAAACAGAUACAUCUCUGACAGAACGGUUAAAGUACCUGGAACGGCUGAUCCAGAGUUCAAGAGAAGAGGAACUUGCCUCCGAGCUCCAUCUCUCUGCACUGCUGGACAUGGUGGACAUUUAAGCAGCCUGACCUGAUGGGAGGGCUUCUCUCCAGAAGAAUUUCUGCUUUUACUCAAAAUUAUGUUAUUCUCAGAUGCUUGCUUGAUGCACUGUUGGAAAUGCGAUUAUUAAUCAUGCUGAUAAACCAUUUGAAUCUCUAAUGAGAUCCCUUACUGUUUUCAGAACGAAAAGCUGUUGGCCAUUGUGACAUCUUUGAUAUUAUCUGUUUCAUGAUCUCUUCAGACUGUCAUUCGCUGGCACAAGCUCUGAGGGAGUUUGCAGCUUUCAUUUCCAUGUGUAAUAAGUGAUUAAUUCUCUCA